GAAGGGCUAACUGGACCAGAUUAGAGCAGAGCAGUUAACCAUGUACAAGAAAGAGUUGAUACACAUGGGGUCAUUGAUAUUUGUAUAGUUGUCAGCGACACUGGAAAAUGAGACACACAUAAUUACUCGGAGAUGGGUGACACCGGCUGCAAAUCAGAGCAAGAAAUACCGAAGAACCAAAGUCUGAAAGAAAUAUGUUUCCUGUCUGUGAAGAAGCAUUUUGCUGCUUUGAGAAUUGGAGCAGUUCUCGAUCUCCCAGCACCUCUUAUUCAGGAUCUUCUUCCUCACCUGACUAUAUGUCAGCUGGAUGAGCUUCAGCCUGCCCUCAAUCAGAGAGGGAUAUCCACUCUCUCUGGAUGGGUUGGAGUCCUACAGGACAUCUGUGGCCCUAACUACGCAGUGGACUUACACACAGAAGAAGCAGCCAAACAUGAAGUUAUGAGAAUACUUUUCCCACUAGUGUUGUAUGGCUUCAAGAACAAGUACAUCAACAGAAACUUGAACAAUUUAAACACUCCAUCCUUCCUGUGGGCUGCAGCCAAGUGUAUCAAACAUUUUUUGCUUCUUUCAAGUGUGCCUAAGGGUGUUUGUAUUUUGACUGCAGAGCAGCAGCCUCUUCUGAACCUCUUAGAGAAGCAAAUCCAGAGUAUUAGUAUAUCUCAGUCUGUUGAUCUGUCGAAACAAAAGACACAAAUUGCGUUGUAUAUUCUCCACCGCCUGAUAGAUCAUGGGCUGGCUACAAAACUUGUUGUUGAUGUGCAGUGUCCUAUCAUGUUGGCCUGGCUCCUUCAUGAAAGGGGAUGUCAGUAUGUAGACCCGUCGCUCAAUAACCUAAUGCACAGUAGUAGAGGAAACUGUAUUACACAAGCUGCUUCAGCCAGUUUGCAGGAGGCCAGUUGCUUUGCAGGUCUUGAGACCAGGGCUUCACAUGGUCAGGAUUAUGAUGUCAGUCCAUGCAAGUGUUUAAAGCUGAACUCUUUCGAGGAGGAGGCAUCGGGAAAAUUUCCUGUGGAUCCGGAGUCUCUCUGUAGAACUUUUACUCCACGUAAAAGUCCCUUGGCAGUGGCUUGUCCUCGAGGACAGAUAGAUUGUCUGGAGAUCAGACAGUGUGGGUCAGACUCCCUCAAGGUCCUGAAUGGUGCCCUCCCCACGUUUUUCUGCCUUCGCUCUCUGACUCUUCAAAGCAUUUCAGCCUUUAGCGACCUUGAUGUAUUGUCCCUGGCCAGAGCACUGAAACGCCUGUCUGACGGCUCCUGCAACCGCAUCACUGACCUGAGCAUCAGCGUUCUGCCAAACUCCAGGUUUGUUGAGAUCCUGCUGGACUCAAGCCCCAACUUGACAUCCCUGCAUGUGGAGAUCCAUACAGUGAUGUGGGGACCAUGCUUCUUACUAGACCCCAUGUCUGCAGAGCCAGACGUGCCUAAACUACAAACUAAAGCAGAGUUCCCUCUGGAGAAGCUAACAAUCAAAAUAGCUGAACUCCAGACAGAUGUGCACUUCAUGAUAUGUUUGCUGAGACGGUCUCCAUAUCUCACCUUUCUUCAUGUAGCUGGGAUGAGAUUACCCACAGGCUUCUCUCAAAGCCAAUUUCUUACCACAUUUUCAGAGUCAAAUUGUUGUUUGAGGGUCCUCAAACUGGAGGACAUGAAGCUGUCUGAUUGCCUCCCUGACAUCCUAAAUCUGCUGAGAGACUGCAGGCUGGAAGAGCUGCACUUGAAUGACUGCCGCCUCCUGGAGAGCUGUAGUGACAAAGAAGAGAGUCUACGGCAGCUUGUGGUUGCUCUGAAGGCAGUACCUACUCUCCGCACACUGAGCCUGGCUCAAAAUCGCCUUGCUAAGUACACGUGUGUGUUGGUAGAGCUCUUCUCAGGAUCCUCACCUAGCUUGGUGAAACGACUUGAUAUCAGCUCAAACUUCAUUCAGGCUGCUGAGCUACAGGAGUUUGCUGAGAGAUUGAGGACACAUCACCCCGUGCAUCAGCUGACCCUCGACCUCCGGAAAAACCCAGGAGAUCGGGACCCUGCCACAUGGAACUUGGCACUUAAGAUACUCCGCCCAUUCUGUAUUGUGCUGCUUGAAGGAUGGAAAUCCACCAACACUAUGGUAGACCAUGUGAGCAACAUGUGAACACGGCUACGAAAGAACCAAAUAUUCCAUGCAGGAGAGACAUGUAACUGUAAAGAUUCAGGACUUUCUAGAAAAUGCUUUUUUUUUUUGCCAGAGCAGGGUGACUGUGGUUACUUUAACAUCAUUUGCUAUGAAUCCCCAGGCUGAAUGUUUAAGAAAACCCUCAAAGUCUCAUGAAGUCAUGCAGCACGAGUCCCUCUCAGCUGUCUGUCUGAAAGAUUGUUUGUAGCAGUGAUUCUAAAAGAAUUUGAAUCCAAAACUGUGCCUCUGCUGUGCUCUGAGGGUUUAGAAGUUCAAAUGACACAUGAUUAUAGAACACUGAGUGUUCUGCUCUACAAUGAGAUGUGUAACACCAUGUUAGUUUGCCAUUUGAAUUGUUUAUUAAACCAGCAUCUGUUACACUUCCA